AUGACCGCGCCAUCCGGCUCCGACACCAACGCCCCCCUCGAGCAAGCUGCGUCCGUGGCGGGUGACCACGACGGCGAGAAGAAUGCCGGCUCCCCUACUCCCAACAACAACGGCACCCUCAACGCCACCGAUAUGGUUCUUCACCCUGUGGCGGUUCGUGUGCCCGGAGAGACAGAUACGCGACUGUAUCUCGUCCCCGGCGCCGGUUCUGGUGACUUUGAAACUGCGGCUGUUCUCACGCUCGAUGCUGGCGGACCUAGACCCGGAGCGCUUUUUGUGGUCGAAUUUUGA